CAGAACAAAAGAGAACAAAUACAUUACUUGUAUUAGUACUAAAUAAACUAAAUAGUAUUUCACGGGUUUUUGAAAACCACUCUAAAAGCAUUUUGUCUAUUGGAUGUUUCUCCGAGGAUGUGACUAUUAAUUUAAAGCGGAUGGCCUGUUAAAUAGCGUGAAUUUUAAUAGAUUUUUUUUACUUUGGUCGGUUGAGGUUUCCGUCGGCCCGCCGGAAGUAAACUGAGGCGACUGUAGCAUGUUCACAAUAACGGCUGUACACCUGUACUCUACAUAUAGCACAUAGAACAUGCCAAACAACCCAAAAGCUCGUACCAAAAAAUACCAAGGAUAGAACAUUUUCACUUGGCCGUUAGUUCUAUACCCCCAAUAAUCUUCAAUCCCUAAGGUCUAUAAUUCAAUCCGCUAAUAUCCGCCAUGCUAAUGCUAGACUAACAGCGAGGGUUUCCCGCCUUCCAUCCUUAUCACCUUUUUUAUAAGCCUACGUGUAGCCGCUAAUAAUAUCGAUUUUUUUUGCGAGUCAGCGGCUACACGUAAUUUACUUUAUGUGAAGGUUGAUUUCCGUCACGUUAUAUUUGACUUUCCCGUAAUAUGAGUGUCACGUAAUGUGAGUGUUAAGUAAUAUGAGUGUCACGUAAUAUGUGCAUCACGUAAUAUGAGUGUCACGUAAUAUGAGUGUCAAGUAAUAUGAGUGUCACGUAAUAUGAGUGUCACGUAAUAUGAGUGUCACGUAAUAUGAGUGUCAAGUGAUAUGAGUGUCACGUAAUAUGAGUGUCACGUAAUAUGAGUGUCACGUGAUAUGUGACAAAGGUCGCAGGGCCUAGAAAGAUGCGAUUCGAUUCAUCGUGUAUCAAUUUCCAUUGUGCGGCUCGAUACUGUUUACAACGCGUAUGUGUGGAGUAUUUAGGUUGUAUGCAUCAUGGGCAGGAAGAAAACAGCGCUGAUCAUUCUCGCGAAUAUAAUUAUAGUCGCUGUGAUAUUUGUGGGCGGGUAUCUUGUAGGGUAUUUCGUGCAUAGUGGUAAAAAGAGCGAUGAUUCAAGUGGCUCGAGAACCGCGGCGGCAAGGAGCUCGUACCAAGACAAGCUUGUCGGCAUGAUCAGUGCGUCUAGCAUCGACGGCACUGUACGAUUCUUCUCCGAGCGUCCGCAUAUUGCAGGUUCCAAACGUCAGGAAGAGCUUGCAGACGAGCUGGUAAAGAGAUGGAAUGAUUAUGGGUUUGAUAAAGUUGAAAAAGUCAAGUAUGACGUUUUACUGUCCUACCCUGAUCCUGAUAAACCCAACACUGUCAAACUGAUGAACGCAGACGGGAGAGUGAACUAUACGUGCAGUGGGCAAGAGAAGGUCCGCGAUGCCGCUGAGAAUGACACUCUGGUUGUCCGUGCCGUGUUGGGCUACGCACCAAACGGCACCGUCGAGGAACAGCUCAUCUACGUGAACUUUGGCCGGGUCGAGGACUUCGAGCGCCUGCGAGAUGAGCUUGGCGUUGUUAUACAGGGGAGAAUAGCAAUCAUGAGAUAUGGGAAGAUAUUCCGUGGCGACAAGGUUGCCAACGCCGCUCGUUUUGGCGCAAAAGGAGCAAUCAUCUUCUCAGACCCCCAGCAGUAUGCCCCUGAAGGAACGACCCCAGAUAAAGUGUACCCCAACGGAGAGUGGCUACCGCCUACCGGCGUACAGAGAGGCUCUAUUUACACGGCACUAGGUGCCGGUGUUGGCGACCCCCAGACUCCCGCUCUUCCGUCAAUUGAAGGGAUUUAUCGGCGACCUCUAAACGAGAGUGAACUACCCACAAUCCCAGCACAGCCGAUAUCGUACGGAGACGCCAUACACUUCCUGCGAAACAUGGGAGGCAACAAAGCCCCCGACGACUGGCAAGGCGACCUCCCCAUCACGUACAACCUGGGUCCGGGCUUUACCCCUCAGUCCAACCUGCAGAACAACAUCAAAAUGGAGCUUCAUAACCACAUUGAGGUGAAGAGCAUCUAUAACGUGAUAGGGACCAUAUACGGCAGGGAGGAGCCCGACAGGUACGUCCUGAUGGGUAACCACCGGGACUCCUGGGUAUUUGGGGCCGUGGAUGCCGGGACGGGGACUGGGACGACGAACGAGGUUGCGCGCGUCCUCGGGAAGCUAAAAAGGACAGGGUGGACCCCUCGGCGCACGGUCAAGAUGUGCAGUUGGGCUGCCGAGGAGUAUAGUAACAUUGGGUCACGUGAGUGGGUGGAGGAGCACCGUAAGAUUCUGGACAAGCGUGCGGUGGCUUACCUUAAUUGUGACAUGGCGGUCGGAGGGUCGUUUGCGAUGAGAGCCCGAGCUACUCCGCUGCUUAAAGGCCUAAUCUGGAAAUGGAUGAGCAAAGUAACAGACCCAACAGACCCAAACAACAACAUCUUUGACGUGAUGAUCAAGAGACUACCGCCAAACAAGAUGGACCCUGGUAAACCAAAUGUCCAGGUCCUAACUAGUGUCAGUGACUUCGCGCAUUUCUACCACCACAUGGGUAUCCCAUCCACGGAUAUGACCUACCAGUACGGCUACAAGGGGAAGAUGUCCUCCUACCCAGUAUACCACUCCCAGCACGACACAUACAAAUGGGCUAGCACGUUCAUGGACCCGGGCUUUGUGAUACAUAAGGCGAUGGGUCAGUUACUCGGAGGGAUGCUGCUAGAGCUUGCUGAUACUCCAUUGUUACCGAUGGACGUGAGACUAUACGCGGACGUCAUCAAUAAGACGCUUACGGUUUUAAAGACAAUAGAAGGCGUCACCCUUGCGCAGAGAGGGAUAACGCUGGAGUUCUUGGAAAAGGCGGUCGCGAAGUUCUCGGAAUCCGCGCGGGCGUUUGAUAACGUGAGAUCAAGCGUGGAAAAGAACCAGGAUAAAGAGUCAUUCCCAGUCUUGCGUAGGCUCAACAAUCAGAUGGUUGAGGUUGAUAAGGCUUUCGUGUACCCUUAUGGUUUGCCAGGGAGACCGCUAACCAGGCACGUCGCUUUCGCACCCGAGAGAUAUAACGCAUAUGGAAGCUCGAGUUUCCCUGGAGUGAGCGAUGCGAUAUUUGACGCGAAGAGAGGGCACGGAAGCUGGGAUGAGGUGGAAAAGCAGAUUUCUAUUGUGAUGCAGUCGGCGUUGUCGGCAGCAGAAGUGCUAAAGAUCGACGGCGAGGCGCGUACUAUCAAGCUUGAAUGACAUUACCGUCAGUACAGGUGAUAAAUACAUUAGGACGCGCGCUACGAUGGCCACCUUGACAGUCUUAGCCAUAAGGAUGCGAGAAGCGUGCUACAUGAUUAACAUAGACUUCUUGCUAUUUCACCAACGUGGCAAGGGAAUACUUCAGUGUGCAUUAAAAACGGUGACUUUGGCAUGCUAAUCAGCUUUCUCAAUACUUUGUAUUGGUGGCCACGGUAGCGCGCGUCGCAUGGUAAACUUUGUCUUGGUGGUCACGGUAGCGCGCGUUGCAUGGUGAAUUUUGUAUUGGUGGCCACGGUAGCGCGCGUCGCAUGGUAAACAUUGUCUUGGUGAACGAGAGUGCGCGUCGCGUGGUAAAUUUUGUAUUGGUGGCCACGGUAGCGCGCGUCGCAUGGUAAACUUUGUCUUGAUGGCCACGGUAGCGCGCGUCGCAUGGUAAACUUUGUCUUGGUGGCCACGGUAGCGCGCGUCGCACUGCAACAGCAUUGAAUUAUUGUGCAGCAAUAAACCGAGGGCUUUGGCAAGUAGUAAAGUUUGUUUUAAAUAA